GUGCGGAGCGCAGGCUGGCGCGGGUGCUUUGCCUCGGGAGCCGGAUUUGUCCCCGUUUGAACUCCUAUCACAUAAGUGGAAGUGGCAUAUUGUCUUUGAAGAGUGCAUAGUGCAGCAAAGCGAGAGCAAUGUGGGCAGUAUGUUCAUCUGAGUGCAAAUGUGUUCCUGGUUUAUGAUUGUGUUCAUCUGCAGUGUCUUUAAAAAAAAAUAAAAGUGCUCUGUUUUGGGAAAUGUGCUGUGAUUUAAAAAGGAGGUUUUUGCUCCUCUAUGCAACACAAAAGGGGCAGGCAAAAGCAAUAGCUGAGGAAAUAUGGCAGCAAGCAGGUGCCCAUGGACUUGAAGCUGAUAUGCACUGUAUAAGUGAAAUGGACAAGUAUAACCUGGAAACAGAAAAGGAUCCUGUAGUUAUUGUUAUUUCCACUACCGGUACUGGAGACCCACCAGACACUGCCUGCAAGUUUGUAAGGAAAAUUCAAGACACGACCUUGCCACCUGAUCAUUUCGCACAUCUCCAGUAUGGAUUGCUAGGUCUGGGAGAUUCAGAGUACACAUUCUUUUGUAAUGGUGGAAAGACAGUAGACCGACGACUUCAAGAACUUGGUGCCCAGCACUUCUAUGACACAGGAUUAGCAGAUGAUUGUGUAGGUUUGGAACUAGUGGUUGAUCCUUGGAUUAAUGGACUUUGGUUUGCCCUCAAGGAGGCAUUUCUAUUGCAGAAAGAAAAAGAAGGCAUGAGCAGCGAUGCUGUUUCUAGCUCGCUCUCUGCAGCCCCUCAUGUUGGGCAUGAACUAAACUUAAGCUCAGAAGUACAGAACUUGAAGCUUGAAGAUGAAAGAGUGAGGAGUUCUGAUCUUCUGACACAGAAGCUGGUUGACAUCCCUCUUGUGGCUUCAACUAGAGACACUGAACCUUCACUUGAUCAUUCUGUCCCUCCUGUCUCUCAAUCUGCUCUUAAUAUUCCUGCCUUGCCACCGGAGUAUAUAGAGGUGGAGUUUCAGGACACCCAUGGUGAGAAUCCACAUCUGUCCUCACUGAUUUCAGAGGGAACAACCUUUGAAGUGCCAGUUACAAAAGCAGUUCAGCUCACUAGAGAAGAUGCGAUAAAAACUGCAUUGCUCUUAGAACUUGAUAUUGCAGAUACAGUCUUUGACUACCAACCUGGAGAUGCCUUCUGUGUAAUAUGUCCCAACAAUGUCGAUGAGGUGGAAGAACUUCUUCACAUCUUGGGACUUUCUGAAAAAGGAGAAUAUUUUGUUUGUGUGAAGGUUAAGCAGGGCACUAAAAAGAAAGGAGCAGCUCAUCCACAACACAUCCCUGAAAGAAGCACUCUGAAAUUCAUUCUAACCUGGUGUCUGGAAAUAAGAGCAAUUCCCAAAAAGGCAUUUUUGCGAGCUCUUGUAGAAUGUACCAGUGACGUGGGAGAAAAACGGAGGCUUCAAGAGCUUUGCAGCAGACAAGGAGCCUCUGAUUACACACGCUUUAUUAGAGAUUGUAAUGUUUGCUUGCUGGAUUUACUUCACGCUUUUCCAAGCUGCAAGCCUUCACUUAACCUCUUAAUUGAACAUCUUCCUAAAUUACAAGCCAGAUCCUAUUCAGUGUCAAGUUCAAACUUGUAUCAGCCAGGAAAACUGUGUUUUGUAUUUAAUAUUGUGGAGUUCCCUGCCUGUCCCGCUAGACCAGUCUCACGGAAAGGAGUAUGUACAGGGUGGCUUGCUGAGUUAGUUGCACCUCUACUGCACCCCAGUAAAAACACUCUGGAUACAAAAGGAGGAAGUUCUUCAACUGGAAAGAUCUCUAUUUUUGCUCGCCCAAACAAUACUUUUCACUUACCUGCAGACCCAUCUGUCCCAUUCAUAAUGGUUGGUCCAGGAACAGGAAUUUCACCAUUUAUUGGUUUCCUACAACAUAGGCAAAAACUCAGAGAAGAACAUCCAGACUGGGAAUUUGGAGAGACAUGGCUGUUUUUUGGUUGUCGACAUCAGGAUCGAGACUAUUUGUUCAAAGAUGAGCUCAGAUGUUUUCUUGAAAAUGGCACAUUAACUCAUCUUAAAGUUUGUUUCUCAAGAGACUCUUCAACUGCAGAAGUAGCUCCGCCUAAAUAUGUGCAAGAUGUCAUUAGGCUUUAUUCUAAGGAAGUUGCCAGAGUCCUGCUGAAAGAGAGAGGUUACUUCUAUAUAUGUGGAGAUAAGAAACACAUGGCUGAUGGUGUAAGUGAUGCUGUAGUGGACAUUUUAAGCACGGAAAUGGAAGCUGACAAAUUGGAAGCAAUGAAAAUCCUGGCCAUGCUUCGAGAAGCAAAACGAUAUUUGCAGGAUGUUUGGAGCUAAACAUUUAGCUUUUACUGUGUCUUUGUAACACAAAAGAUUUCGUUUCACACAUAUGCUUUUGACUAAAAUUUAUUGUCAAAAGUGAUGUCUGUAGUCACCCAAAUCUUAACUUUGUCUAUUGACCUUUCAAGCAGGAAUAUGAAACCUUUUAAAUGACAACAAAUGAGGCUGCCUUUUGAAGUGUAUGGGUUUUUAACGAUGUUACAUAAUGGACUGUCUCAGUGCCUUGAUUCUCUCAUUUUAAGAUUGGUUUAAUGUAGAAAGUAAAAACUUCUGCGCUUGUACAAGUAUAAUUGUAUGUUUACAUUACAUCAUGUAUUUUUUCAUAUAAUGUAUACAUAAAGAAGCUACAGAGUAAAUGUGUUACACACCAAUCUAUGCAUCAUCAAAUACAUUACUGAAUUGCCAAGAUUUAUUUGAACACUUCCCAGAUACUUCCUGAGACUAUUUAUAUCUUUUCAGCUUGCACAAUGACAGUAACUGCCAAAUGGAAUGAAUGUUGAGAAUGUUGCACAGAAAGGUUACUGCAGAAUUUAAACUCUGAAGUUUUCUUUAAAUACUUAGCUUUUUCAUUACAUCAUAUAUCACAGUUUUGCUACACUCCAUGCUAAUCCUUAUUAGAUUUUCCUGCAUAAUUCUUUUGAAAUUAUUUUUAUUCCUGUCUCUAAAAUGCUUGUGGUUUAAUUUAUGAGCGCUUGUGGUUUAAUUUAUGAGCGAACUCACCAGUUGGGUUGAAUUUGGUUGCUGGAGAAAUAUUGCUUAGUAAAUACUUUCUCAGAUUACUAAACUAAUUUUUUCAAGA